GAUCGUAUUUGUAUUAAGGAAAAAGGAUAAUCAGAUAUCCGGUUUGCAUUUGUAUCAUCAUGUGUCUACCUUACUUUUGUCAUGGGCAGGUAUAAGAUUUUACGCCGUUGCUCCCAUGGUACUGACGUGUAUAAUUAACUGCUUCAUACACACGAUCAUGUACACAUAUUACUUCCUAGCGGCCUGGGGAUCGAACGUUCAAAAGGCUGUCACACCUCUGAAACGAUGGAUAACUAUAGCGCAAAUGAUACAAUUCGUCGUGUUAAUCUUGUACGCAUCGCAAAAAUACGUGCUGAAAGAUUGCGAAAUCGUAAAUAAUUAUGUUGUCGUGUUAUUCGUUGGAAAUGUAGUAAUAAAUUUCUUCAUGUUCCAUAAUUUCUAUCAGAAGACAUACAAGGAAGUUAAAAAAGUUCAGUAGAUUGUAAAAUAUAUAUUGCAAGAGUACUUCUAUACAACAAAAUAUCCGAUAAAAUUAUUGAUAUCAA